UGGCACCGCUGCGGUAAUGCACACCUUAUCAAUCACAUGGCAGUCCAACAACUCCAAUACCAUGGCGACCAACGCAGCCAGUGCUCCGGCAGGCCCUAUCCCGUUCAAGGAUGUUGUCGUGGACAACGUCGACCUGGUCGCCACCAUGCCGGCUGAGAGGUCUUCGGAAGACCACGACGAUGUCCUGGUAUCGGCGCUGCCGAGCAAGCCGAUGGUCGGCAGCACGCAGAACAAGCUCCGCUGCUACCUGGGCUUCUGGCUGCCGGAGACCUUCGUCCCGGCGGCCAUCGGCCUGCAGCGCCGCUUCGUACCCCGCCCCGACGACGUCAUCAUCGCCAGCCUGCCCAAGUGCGGCACCACGUGGCUCAACGCCCUGGCGUUCGCGACGAUGGCGCGCCGCUGUUACCCGCCCGCCGGCGCCGACCACCCACUCCUCCGCCUCAGCCCGCACCAGUGCGUGCCUUUUCUGGACGCUCUCUUCGCCGGAGGCGGCCGGGAGGCCAGGCUGGACGUGCUCCCGUCCCCGCGCCUCAUGUACACGCACAUGCCGCACGAGAUGCUGCCGCGCGCCGGCGGCUGCAGGGUCGUGUACAUCUGCAGGGAGCCCAAGGACACGGCCGUGUCGCUGUGGCAGUUCCGCCGGAGCAUGCACCCGGAGCUGCCGUUCCUCGACACCUUCGAGUCCAUCUGCAGCGGCGCCAACACGUACGGGCCGUUCUGGGACCACAUCCUCGGGUACUGGCGCGCCAGCGAGUCGUGGCCGGAGAACGUGCUCUUCUUGAGGUACGAGAAGCUGCUGCGCGACCCGGCCGGAAACGUGAGAAAGCUCGCGCGGUUCGUCGGCGUGCCGUUCUCCGAGGCGGAGGAGGAGGCCGGCGUCGUCCGCGGCAUCGUCGAGCUCUGCAGCCUCGGGAGCCUGAGGAGCGUGGAGGUGAACAGGACGGGCUACAUGGACGGCCUCAAGUUCCCGCGCAAGGCCCUCUUCCGCAAGGGCGUGGCCGGCGACUGGGCGAACCACAUGACGCCGGAGAUGGCGCGCCGCAUGGACGAUAUCGUCGCCGACAAGCUCCGCGCCACGGGGCUUACAUUCCAGUGAGCUCAGAGAAAUCAAAAUUUCCGCAGUGUCGCGACGAGAUCAAUUUAAUCAUUUCCGUAACUUUAUUACCAGCCAAAUGUUUCAGUUUAUCAUAAGCAAGCAUACACGAUCACGCUUCCGCGUCA